UUCUAUACCCUCUGACAAGAUCAAAUUAAUUUAUCUUUAAAACAUUUUUCUAACACUCCAAACCAUUUUAUAGGAAAAAUACUAUAUAGAUUUUGGUCACUUAUGUUAAGUUUUGACUGACUGUGACAGCUGCAGUGUGAAGUUUACUACUGGCCAUGGCUCCACAUACAGCUUUUAUGGGGUUGACCAUUGCACGAGAUAGCUCCUUCUAGACAUGCACAGACAGCUGCCACCUUGAAAUUCAUGAGGCACAACACUGGUGAGAGGUGGCAGUGAUGCUCAGCACAGAAGGAAGGCCAUAGAAUAAAGUCAUAGCUGCCAGAAUUUUGUCUUUCUUCUUGAAGGCGUUUGUCAUGAUAGUAUCCCUUUCAGGAAUAAUUUUGUUACAAAAACAAACAUUCAAAUUGCUUAUGCCUAAGAGGAAGUUUUAUUGUCAGGAUACAAGUGUCAUCUCAAAACUCAAGGGAAAGACUGUGGAACCUGACCUUGAAAGGGUCUAAAACAGGGAGUUUUCAGUUAUUAUUUCAACAUUUCUCUCUUGCUCCCACCAUUCAGUCUCCUCUUGUGUCAGUUUCAUUCUUCUUUCUUCUGCAGCCCACUUUCUCCCCACACACAGCCACACUCAGCAGCUCCAGCUCCAGCUCCAGUCUCUGUCCCAGCGUACACUCAUCUUUGAGUUUGUGCACUAACACAAACAGAUGAACAUCUUUAAGAUCCAAUUUCAAAUCCUGGAAUGGAGUCUACUGAAUUCACUUUGAUUCAUAUCUGGCUGUGCACAGGGAGGUGGAAUUAUUUUACAUGUGAGUAUUAGGGACCCAUAUGGAGGUAAUUGGCAGAUACCUUCUAAUUGUUCUACAGAUGUGUUUUGUAAAUACUAAAGUUUUAUAAAGAGAGAAAGGCAGUAAAGCCUGACCUCAUGAGAUGAAAUAAAUGAAGCAUUUGUUUGCUUCUUAGCAAGAUUUAUGUUGCUAUUCAUCACAAAGAAUGUCCUACUUAUAGCCACCUGUGUUAUUGAAUAAACAUGAUUCUCUGGGACCAGAUUGCAAUGAACUAACUAGACCUAUUCUCCCUUUCACUCUCAGGGAGGGAGAAGUAUGAUUUGUGCUAAGGGAAAAUCAAGGACAGAGACCAAAAGGGGUCACUAGAAAAAAAAUGCUCAAUCUUGUCUUUGCUCUAGUUUUUAAGUUAAAGCAUCAAGAAGAACCCCUUAGAUUUUUAUAUGACUCAGCCUGCUGUUGCUAGAUUUAAGGCUAAAACUCAUUUAGGAAUAAAGAAUGUGGCUCUGUCUAGUGUUCUCUAUCUUUCUAUGGCAAAUCACUUUGGUAGUCUAGUCUGUAUUCUAUCACUGAGGCUCCUGACCACAUACAACACCAUUAACAAAUAUGAGUAAUAUUUCCCUAACAUUCUUAAUAUAGUGAUAUCAAAUACAGUUAAAGAAUAGGGUCUUCUGGUUAACUGAACAAUCUAACUAAUAAGAAAUAUUAUAUAUAGAACAGAUCUUUUUGAAUAAAUUAUUGUAGACCUCAGUUACUUUUAAACUCUGCUCCAAGGGGCCAUAGAAGCAAUUGAGAGAGGCUGCUUUUUGGCUGUACCCUACAUUAAUUUCUUCUUUCAUCUGUUCUACAUAUAGGGCUUUCAUUUUAUCUUCAUCAAUAUUUUUUACAUAUUUAGAGUCUAUUUCACAAGUUUACCUAAUGGAGUUACAUGUCAAAUAAAAUAAAGAAGGCCCCAUUCUUCUCUUCUUCCCUCCCCCCACAAAAGGUGUCUGUGUCCUAAAUAUGGAGCUUGUUUAGUUUAAAAUGCUGGGUUUAUGCAAGACUUUGUUGAGGCUUCCCUCUUGCAUCUUGGCCACCAAUAUACCAUCUAAACUGAGGAAGACCUGGAAACUUGGGGGCCUCAUGAGCCACAGCCAUGGCUUCAUCGGCAAGCACAGGGAGCACUGGGAGUCUGAAGUUAAUGCUGGUGGCUUGCAUCAUCACAGGAUCAACUUGGACAACUAUCACCCAGGUUACUUUGGGAAAGUUGGUAUGAAGCAUUACCACUUAAAGAGGAUCCAGAGCUUCUGCCCCACCAUUAACCCGGAUAAACUGUGGAUCUUGGUCAGUGAGCAGACAUGGGUAAAUGCUGAAAACAAGACUGGAACCGCUCCCAUCAUUGAUGUGAUGCGAUUGGGUUACUACAAAGUUCUGGGACAGGGAAAGCUCCCAAAGCAUCCUGUCAUUGUGAAGGCCAAAGUCUUCAGUAGAAGAGCUGAGGAGAAGACUAAAAGUGUUGGUGGGGCCUGUGUACUAGCAGCUUGAAGCCACAUGGAAGGGAGUUCAUUAAAUUCUCCCAGUGCUUUUGUGGAAAAAAAAUGCUGGGUUUAUAACUGGGAUAAUUUAUUCCAAAUUAUUCAAAUAACUAUCUUAAUACUCUACUAGUAGACUAUCUUAGAAAAAUACUAGUAGCAAAAAACAUUUAUUAACAUCAAUGGUGAUUUACUUUUCAUGCGGGAGGGUAGAAUUUUUAAGAAUUUUUUAAUGAGUAUCUAGUAUGUUAUAAAUACUGAUUUAUAAACACUCACUGAAAGUCAGUGGAGUUUCUAAUUUAUUUUCAUUAAAUGUCAAGUAUAUUCAAUAAGAGAGUUGACAUUACAAAUGAUGAAUUUGACUUCUAUCUUGCCUAACUGUGUUUAAUUUAUUGUGUUGAAAUCUGUGUUCAGGGCACCCAUUAUGGAGAAGCAGUGCAUUUGCUAAUUAAAGUGGGUAAAGUUAACAUGAAAUUAAUUCAUCACUUACAUUGAGAAGGAAGAGGGCUCUUCUUCUCACUGAUGCUAAAUAAAGUGAGAACCUAUUGAACUUCAUCACUUUAUAUUCUUUGCUCUGGCAUCUGCCUUUCUGGCCUCUGAUUUAAUGAUGACAGAAUGGUGGUGGUGGUUGGCGGGGGGGGGACCAAUGGUUGAGUGUCUUACUUGUGAUUACUCAAACAUGUCAAGUAAGAGAUAUGAGCGUUUCAGUGAAACACAAAAUAACAGGAGGAAAGAUUCACCGGAAAAUAAUUUGUCAAGUGAAAAACAAGUCAUGAGAAAGCAAAGAGAGUGAUGUGAAAUAGUUAGAGAGACAAUGUUGAUAAACCUAAGGCUCAGGAUGAAAACUUUACAAUUAACAUCAAUGAUAAUGUAAUUUAUAAUUACUUAAUAUUCUAAUUGCUAUAAUAGUUUUCAAUAAAAAUGGAAAAAAGGUCAACUUCCUCCCAGAAAAAUGUGAUACUACUUAAGGUAAAUAUUGGGAUAUUUAAUAUUCUUACCUGCUAAACACCAGGAUAGUUUAAAUGUCAGAACCAUUUAUUUAUAAAAAAUUUUAAAUCAAUGUUGCCUAUGAUUAACACUUGAAAGAUAAAUUGGUAUUGCAAGUUAUCUACUUUUACCUUUUUUCCAAAAAUUAUAUAAAUGAAGCAAUAUUUUAUUUAAUAAUAGAUUGCCAAAAUAAAUAAAUACAAUAAAUGUAGCUAAAAAAGAAGACAAGUUAAUUUUUUAUCAAUUAAUUUUUUUUACAUAUCAAACAUAAAUUAUGCUUUGAAAGACUAUAGAACUACUUUAACCUACUCAAAAUCGACUCCAAUCUGAUGCUGAGAAUAUGUGAUAUGUUUGUUGGAGCUUAAGUCAGUCUACUAGAUGAUGUCCAUAAGCAAACAGCAAAUACUAUGUAUGACUAUGGUGACAGCUGUGUUUGCAACUCUAUAUUCUCACAUAUAUAAAUAUAAAUGCAUAUACACACAUACAAAGAACAUAUUUAAUAUAAUAGACUGUAAGCAUCUGGAAAGUAUAUUCGGAGUUAUAAGCAAUGAGUGACUGCAAGGAUAGUCUACUACUUUUCCAGACUCAAGAAAUACUGUUUUGAUUUCUUCAGUCCCCAAAAUUCAAUGAUUAUUGAUUAGACAGAUUAAUGGACUCACAUUUUUAUCAGCAAGGAGUCUGAGCCAUUGUAAUAACUAUGUAAGUGGACCUGAAAUGGUAGACACACAAAGCAGUUAGUUAUUAGACCAUUUUAAACACAGCUCCACCUCUGAGGAAGGGGAGAGAGGACAGUGAGACAUCAGAAAUGACUAGAGAAGUUAAAGAAGAGGAGUAGAGGAGAUGCUCCUUUGGUUGCAUGUAAGAGUUCUCUUCUGCCUUAAGGCAGGAUUAUCUACAUAAACAUUUGCUCCCACAGUCUCAGCCGUGGGGAAAAAAGUAUUUUGCUGUGGACAGCAACAGCAGAAAUUUCAGCAGAACUAGAGGAGAGAAGAACAUAAUUGCUCAGUUCCAUAGAUUGCACUGUCUACAGGACUGCAAACAGAAACCCAACAGCCAAUGGCAGGCUGACAACUCAGCCUACAUCAUCUUCGAAUUUAUACACGGAGGUUGAGACUUCUCUACAGUGUGUGUGUUCAGGAAACAGACCAGCAGAGAGGCAGAAGAAGAGCAGGAAAAUAUCAGACAGGCAGCUCUGGACCAGAACCAAGGCAAAGAUGACUGAUUCCCUCCACUACAAAUGGCAAUUGCAUCAACAUCAGCAGGAAGAGGGUUACAGCUCCAGGGGAGCUAUAUAUUUUGUAUUUUGCGAGAGAGUGGACCCUUGGUGUUCCUCAGCCACCCCAUCCCUGGAUCAUCCAAGAUCCCCAAAUUAGUGGAUAACAUUCCAGUCUAUAAUAGCUGUUCUGACCACCAGUCCCACAACAGGAACUUUACUUUCUGGCAAAGAGCAAUUAUUUUCCCAAUCUCUUUCUGUUCUCUUUCCUGCAUUUCUUUUUAAAGCAAUUGUUAUUAUUUCACAGAGAAGCAUGGAGUUACUAUGCAAUUAACUAUGAGAACAAGGUUUUCCUAAAAAGUAGAUUUGGGUGGUCAGUAGAUACUCUUACUAGUAAACCCUUAUGGGUUUACUGCUACUUAUCCCUCUAAUAAAAUUAUACAUUUCAAGCCAGAAAAAGAAUUGUAAAAACAAUUGCAAGUGAUGGACCUUCAGAGUCACAUUCAAAAUAUCAAGGAUCUACUGUAUACAUUUUUGCUUCAGUAAAAGAUUAAUUAAACUAUAUAUUAUUCAUUUUUCAGCAUGUUUAGUUCUUUUCAGUGAAUCCACUGAUUAACUGUAUAAACUAGAGACAAAAGUAUCAUUAUGGAGAGACACCAGCAACUUAAAGUUAGCUGAGAAAACCCACAUUUUGAGCCCCAGAGUUAAAUCCAGAAAGCAUGACUUGCUUCAGAACCAUGCCUUGCUGGGAUCUGAUAUGGCUUCUGUGGGCCACAAGUUUCUUUCUCAAGUGUCAUCUUACUAUGUGUUUGUAGUAAAGAGGGCAAAGUAUUAUUUACCCAGUGUGAUUAUAUAGUUGCUAAGUACACAAUAUUGCCAAAUGCAUUUUUUAUGCAUUU